AUGACUCGUGAAUCGAAAGAAGAACGAUAUUUCUAUUUCAAUAGUCUAGCAAUUCUAUUGAAAGCUAUCGAAAAUGAAUAUACGACUAUAGAUCUUCGAAAUGAAGCAUCCGUUUAUGGCAUUGUAGAACACGCAGAUGCUUACAUGAAUAUCGUAAUGAAAGAUUGCGUCUUCGUAGAUCCUAGAGGGGACUCGUACAGUUACGACAUGUUUUUUGUGCAAGCAAGAAAUAUCCGCUUUGUUCAUAUUCCAGCAAAAGUAAUGAAGGAUAUUUUAAGCUAUACAAUUAGUAACAAGUUACAAUUUCUUACGCAUCCUCGAAUAUGUAUAAAUUCGAAAUAUUAUAAUACAAAAGCAUCAAUUACUGUAUCCACGCAAGUCAACAUGAGUGCAUUUAAGUUUCUUGAUUAUGAUUGCAUAGGAUUUGAUUUAGAUCAUACAAUUUUACGUUACAAUAUAACAAACAUAGUGCACUUGAUAUAUGAAACUUUAGCUAAUUAUUUAAUAACAGAAAAGGGAUAUGACUCCAAAUAUCUAUCAAAACCAUUGGAAGAUAAAGAUUUAGAUUUUAUGCAAAGAGGGUUAUUUUUAGAUUUUGAAAGAGGCAAUAUACUUAGAACAAGUGCCGAUGGUAUAAUUCAAAGAGCAUGUCAUGGAACUAAUUUAUUAAGCAUAGAAAAGAUUAAAGAGAUAUACCCUGAGCAAAGAUGGGAGGUUACAGAUACUUUUUGCAAUGAUAUGUUGUCUACAUGGAAUGGUCCUUUAUCAAUAAAAAUGAGGAGUUUGUUAGAUUAUUUUGAUAUUUCUACAUCUCUUAUUUUUGGAAGAUUAAUAGAUACUCUUGAUUUGAAACAAGAAAGUCCUUUGAAUGAAUAUAAUGUUUGGCCUGAUAUAUUAGAUGGAUUGAUUGAAAUGUACAACAGAGAUAAUUUUAAAUUAGAAACAGGUCAUUUUUUUCCAAGCCUGAAAGAGAACCCUCAUAAGUAUUUGUAUAAAUGUACUAAAAAAACUAUAGCUUGGCUUCAAGAACUGAAAAAACAUCGUAUUGUUUUCCUUAUAACUGGAUCAAAUAGUGAUUUUGUUGAUUUUACUGCAACUUAUGCUCUUGGAAAAAAUUGGAGAUCUCUAUUUGAUAUUAUUAUUUGUUAUGCAAAGAAACCUAGCUUUUUUACUGAGAAGCGUCCAUUUUUUGAAAUUGUAAAUUACGAAGAGCUUAAUACUAUAGAGAGCAAAGAUUUAAAACGAGGUGGUUUAUAUAGUCAAGGUAAUUGGGAAGGACUCGUUGACUUUUUUAAACGUGUAUCUGAAAAGCAAAACCCUCGUUGUGUAUAUAUUGGUGAUAAUCUCUUGCAAGAUAUUUAUGUACCAAAUUCAUAUGUACAAUGUGAUACAGUGGCUGUAAUUGAGGAACAAAUGUCUGAAGGAAUGGUUCACCAAAGAUUAUCACAUCCAGAUGAAAAAGUAUUAAAUUCAACAUUUUGGGGAUCAUAUUUCUGUUUAAAAGAUUCCAAAACUAAUAUAGACUCCUUAUGGGGAUAUGUUAUAAAAAAAUAUUCAAAACUUUGUAUACCUGAAAUAGAUUUAAUAGCUCAACAUCCAUUAGAAGAAUCUUACUUAUGUUUUAGUAAAGAUGGAAAGAAAUACGAUGGAUAUUAUCCUGCAAUACCACUUACUAUCAAGGAACAGUUGCAACAUUUGCUAGGACACAAAAAGGAUUUAACACAUACUAAGCGUACAUUUAAAACAAAACGCACUGAACAAAGGCAACGAGAAGGGUUAGCAGCAGUGGAGAAAAUUUUAAAAGAUAGAAAAAGAACAGAACAAAGUUGAAACAAAAAUGAAACAAAUUGGAAAGUAACUGAUAACAAACUGAUAAUCUUACAAUACAUUUAUUUACAACUUGAUAUUUUGUGGACAAAAAUAAUUUCUGUAUAA